AUGUCACAUGCACAGUACGACAACUCGCCCACCGAGGGCUGGCAAGACCUCAUUUCCUGGAACGGAGAACUGUACGACCCCUUCUUCCAGGGCGAGACCAACUACACCCAAGCACAAGGUGGAAGCUUCAGCGCAGACUCUCAAUUAUCAGGAAGCUACACAUCUGAACCGCCCUACUUGAUCUCAACUGCCCCAUCCAUCACCGACUUGCCACCUUCGCUCGACUACACUCCAGUCUCCGCCUCGCCGUCAAUCCUUGGUGACCAGUCUUCUCUCAACUAUGCCUACCUUGCCUCGCCUUCCUUGGACAAGGCGACCACUUCCUCCUUAGCUAUAUCCCAGGAAAACCAAUUCUAUGGAUCGUUCGGCGCCUCCGACAAUGCCCUCCUAUCCCCAUUGGCAGACAUUGCAGAAUCAAUGAUUCUAGAUACACGCUAUGACCGCAUCCCAGAGACCUUCUCAUCGCCAACAGGGUCUCAGGAAAGUGCAGCCGAGACGGUCUUCAAUCCUCAUGUCACAGGCUCGUCCCAUUCCUUCAGCGGCCUGGACAUGAGGGCAUCUAGAGCGUUCUCGACUUGGCAUGCUUGGUCAGACCAACCACGCAUUAUUGAGCCCAUUCCUGAAGAUGAUUGUGGGCGGACAGAAGCCAUGCCGAUUCCUAUCCCACAAUCGCUGUCGCAGAGUUACAAUAUAACAUCCCCGUCGUAUUCGCCGUAUCCGAGAUCCGAUGGGGGGUUUGAGCUGCAUAGUCACAGUAGGGCCAUAGCGAUUCCGGACGCCGCUCGGAGACCCGCAAGCUACAACAAUCGCACUAGCAAUUCAGGGUCUGUACGACGAGGAGCUACAACCCCAUCUCUAUCUCCUGCAGCUUCACGACAUCCUCGUGCAAUUGCUCUGUCCAGAAGUGCUUCACUGUCUCGGCGCAAAAGCUCUACACCAUCGCCUACAUGCGACUCUUACGGAUGGGUAGCGUACCAGCCCAAUCCACUGACGAACAAGCUAUCGCCCAUAACCACGGAUGGCGUGUCUGGAAGAGCACAGAAAGGCAGAAAGAAGGCUCUCACACCAGAGCAACGACGUGAUGCGGCGUUGAUGCGCAUCGUCCGUGCGUGUUCAAACUGCCAGAAGCGUAAAGAAAAAUGUGAUCCGGGCAUGCCGUGCAAAGCCUGUCUAGAACACUACAAAGGAGAUCUGGUCAAUCACCCCUGCCGUGGUCAUACGCUCAGUGAUCUAUCGGGAGCAUUUCUCUCCGACCGCCUGGGAUGGCAUCCGACUGCUCGAAAUCUCGAGUCAUUUAUCCCUACACGGCACUUCAAAAUCCUUACGGAUGGUACUUAUACCGUUCCGAUUAACUUUGGGUUUGGUCCGGCGUUUCCGGUCUCUGUGAACACCAUUGAACUUGACGACCACCCAUUGGUACACAACCACAUUGUGUACUCGUGGCCACCCGAGCCGUUCUCGGGACCGCCCCACCGGCAUGCUGUCCUUCCAGCUGUCCUAUGUGCAGAUGCUCAAGCAAAUCUCCUUCAGACACUAGACUCGCACCUAUCCUUGCUUGUAACACAGCAUUUCCACAAUUUCCCGUUAUACUGCUCGCCAUUGAGGAUCCUGCGCGAGGUAUGCAUGUUCUCGAGCUCUCUUCCGAAAAACACUUUGCACUAUGGUGUGUUGCAUGAUGCACUUAAGCUUCUUGUUCUCGUUCAUGUGGGUGGCGACAUCACAUUACCGUCGCGAUCCGAGAGCUGGGUCCUAGCACAGCUCAUCAGCAGUACGAUGGACAUUGCCGAGGAUCUCACCCCAACGCCAUGCUUCAUCCGGUCACAGUUUGGUGCUGUCAUGCCGAAUCUUGCUCAUGACCUGAUGAAGAGAGUGCUCUCGUCUCUGGAGCAAUUCCUAUUGAACAAGGACUGCGACGAAUGGCCUAUUGCUGUUGCCGUCCUCAUCACUGUUCUCAUGACGAUCGAAUCUGUCCACUACCACGCCGCCAAGCUCCCCUACCAUAACUUCUAUGACGAAACAAACGCAGCCAUUGCAGAAGAAGACCUAGCAGUCAACGAGCAAGGGGUUAGCGAGCUGUUAGAUUUCUACAAGGCAUGCUUUUCGGGUUGUCACGCUAGACUCAGGCUGGACUGGGAGGGCGAAUCUUCACAGCCCCAUACCCCUGCCGACAAGUUCAUUGCAGGCCUGCAGGCGGCCAUCAGACAGGCCAAUGAUGAGGGCUAUAUUACGCAGAAAUCCAAGGCCACAAGAAGAGAUGACGAUAUGGGCUACUUCUUCGACCGGCUCGUGGUUCGCCUGCUGAAACAAUGA